GCCUUCAUAAGCAAAAUGUUGCCAACGAUCGGUUUAGUGUUAGUUCUCACUUGCACCACCAUUUUAAAUGUAUUUCCAACCAAAGCUGAUGACCUCAAAACCUACAUUGUUCACUUAAGCUUACCUGACGGCCAAGAUUUUUCUCAGGCCCGUGAGAUUGAAGAAUGGUAUAACUCCUUUUUGUCCAAAGUAGCUUCCCUCUCAAACGAGAAUCCAAAGAUGGUUUACGUGUACCGCCAUGUGAUUACAGGAUUUGCUGCUAAAAUGUCGGUAGAUCAAGCAAAGGCAAUAGAGAAUUUGAGUGGAGUUGCAUCUGUAAGGCCUGAAGGUAUGUACCAGUUACAAACAACUCGUUCGUCUUACUUUCUGGGCUUGCGCCAAGAUUCAGGUUUGUGGAAAGACUCGAACAAAGGGAAGGGGGUCAUUAUUGGGGUUAUAGACUCCGGAAUUACCCCCGGGCAUCCUUCAUUCAACGACAAUGGCGUCCCCACUCCACCAUCAACAUGGAAAGGUAAAUGUGAGGUGGCAGGGUGUAAUAACAAACUGAUUGGAAUAAGAAACUUUGUUAACGGAAGUUCUCCAAUAGAUAAGAUCGGUCACGGGACACACACUUCAAGCACUGCAGCAGGGAAUUCAGUAGACAAUGCAAACGUAUUUGGCAUGGCGAAUGGCACUGCAAGUGGGAUGGCACCACUAGCACACUUAGCCAUGUAUAAAGUAUGUUACAGCACGGAAUGUUGGUCCAGUGACAUCUUAGCAGGCAUGGAUGCAGCUAUUGCGGAUGGUGUUAACGUGAUGUCAAUUUCACUCGGUGGAGGUCAGUUGCCAUUCCAUGAAGAUUCUACGGCAAUAGCCGCAUUCAGUGCCAUACAGAAAGGGAUCUUCGUGAGUUUUGCAGCAGGUAAUGGAGGGCCUUUAAAUAGUUCGUUAUCAAAUGAGGCCCCAUGGAUGCUUACAGUCGGGGCUAGUACCAUUGAUAGAAGAAUAAGGACCAGUGUUCUUCUCGGAAACAAAAAGAUAUUUGAUGGUGAAUCGCUAUAUCAACCAAAGGGUUUUGAUCAUAAGCUUCGGCCUCUUGUUCACCCCGGCAAAGAUGGUGAUUUAUUAGCAGCACUGUGCGUGGAAGGAUCACUGGACCAAAGGGUUAAAUGCUGCUUUGGAACCAUGUCAGGGACAAAAACCGAUCCAGAGGUGUCUUGUUUCUCUUCAAGGGGGCCUAACUUUGCAAGUCCUGGAAUCCUAAAGCCAGACAUUAUUGGACCCGGGGUUGACAUUCUCGCAGCUUGGAAUGAGUCAGUCGAUCACCAGACAGGAACCAAAGCAGCAUUUAACGUCGUGCGUGGCACAUCAAUGGCUUGUCCUCAUCUUGCAGGCAUAGCAGCACUGAUCAAAAGCGUCCACCCGGAAUGGUCUCCUGCUGCUAUCAAGUCUGCUAUAAUGACCACGGCAAGUCAAGUGGGCCGAAAUGGACAUGCCAUCAUAGACGAAAGAGACCUCCCUGCAGACGUGUUUGCCACUGGCUCGGGUCAUGUAAACCCACCAAAAGCCCAUGAGCCAGGGCUUGUUUUCGAUAUCCAACCGGACGACUACAUUCCUUAUCUUUGUGGAUUAGGUUAUACACCUAAACAAAUUCAACUCAUCGUUAAAAAGAAAGUCAACUGCUCAAAAACCAUACCUGAAGCCCAGCUGAAUUAUCCUUCUUUUGCAAUAUCUCUGAAAAGAGGAGAUAGCAAGACAUACACAAGGACGGUCACUAAUGUUGGUGUGGCAAACUCGACUUACACCAUCGGGGAUAUCUCUGUACCACCAGGCGUAAGCAUUAAUGUGGAAGGUCUAUAUGGCAGUCAACCUCAAGAGCUCAGCUUCACAGGCAUGCAACAAAAGUUAAUAUUCAAAGUAACGUUUACUCGAAGCCAUAAGGAUAAGGGGAAAGAUCCAUAUGGCCAAGGACAUAUGACCUGGAUUUCUGGUAAAUACACCGUUAGAACCCCAUUUUCUUUUAAGUUUGAAUGAAUAGAUCCUUCCGAGUUCGAUCGUAGCCUUUUUAUUCAUAUAAGUA